AUGAACCGACAGGAGAGUCUGCUGAAUGACAUAAUAAAGGCACUCUCCAAGCUUCCAGGGCGUCGAAGGUUUGCUGCCAGCGUCGUCGUCUCACAGACCCGCAAGUCUCCAGCAUCAUUAUUUCCAUAUGCGCCAGGAAUCCACGAUCAAGAAGUGUAUCUACAAGAUGUCGCCGUUCUGGUUGCAGAAGAUGUUAAUAAAGCGUCAAAAGAAGACAAAUCCCCUUCAGCAACGCCCACGGACCAGCCCAACGGAGAAAAGGAAGAUACAUCGGAGUCAUACACUUACGUAUCCGCCCUAGAAGCUAUUCUUUACAUCUUUCCCGCCACUCAUUCGGUGAUCAUCUACGUCUCCAAGGUUGACUCGACAGGCCAAGGUCGCAAACCAUCCCCCACACGCACCCUUGUUGUUGCGUUCCUUGAAUAUGUCACUAGAAAGUGGUUUGGGACGUAUACUACAUCAGCCCAGGACGGAAGGCCACAUCUCUCUGCCUGGAGCACCUGGGUUCAUCUCUUUGCGCGUUCGCAAAACCAAUAUCUUUUCCCCGCGUCUAUAGAGUACCCUGGAAAGCGACUAUUGCCAGACAUUGCGCUCGUAAAGUGGUGGAAAGGCGUGGUGGAUGAUUUCGCAGUCGCCAUCACAUCUCCUCACCCAUCCACUAGACGGAAAGAGGUAUCCAAAUAUGUCAUCGUACCCGGCCUCACUCCGUUGGAGAUCUCGCACGCCCUCAAAAUACCCCUCAGUAAUCUCACCCCAUCAGACUGGUCGAUAGGUCACCCCUACUCCAAACAAGACAUUCGCUUCCCACUCGGAGUUCGACCACCAUGUUCCAUCUCCCAGCUCAUUCCCUAUUUCCCCGACGACCCCAAAGCCCGUCUCAUCGACGAGAUAGCAAACAGCACCUCGAAAGCAUCCGCCACCGUCGUCUCAUCCCCAAAGCGAAAGCGACGAAAGCUCAACGACGGCGAACAAGCCAUCGGUGAAAACGAGUCGGAAGCACAAGAGGGAAAAGAGGAAGACAAGGUCGACAUGGACUUUGUCCGUCUCGUCUCAGCCGAAGAAUUUUGGGAGCGAAUGGACGGCCGACAAGAAUGUCGCCUGGGAACGGUAGCAUUCUUUACGGUUCACAUUAAACCCGAACUUGACGAGACGUGCUUGGUCGACUCGGCGACGACACAUGCGCCCCUACGCAGAGCAGAGAUCACUCCGGGGAUGAUCCUCAAAAUUACAACUGCGCUUGACAGCGCCGAUUUCGGUUCAAUCGAAAAGUCGGUGCGCUCGACGAGUGCCCUCCAAGGCAUGAUCAAGGCUCUCACGGGCGGCUUGGUCAACGUCACCUCCAAAAUCCCCGGAAUCUCGCAGCAUGUAGAAGAGGCCGCUGCUGCUGAUGAAGAGGAAGUAGAUAUUCUUUCUACGUACAUCACGCGAGAGGUUGAGGUUGACAAUCCGGAGCUUGCUCCCAAGACCGAGCCUCCGGCAGCGGCUCCGGUGACAAUACUAACGGCAAGGAAGAAGAAGAAACCUCUAGUUACGUAG